AUGGCGUUACCCAUCACUUUCGAUUCACGGUAUUGAAGGAGCAUUUUCUAGCCCUGGAUUCAAAACCGUCUUACCUGCGAAAGUCACAGGAAAGUUCUCAAUCAGAAUUGUUCCAAACCAAGAUCCUAAACGC